CAAUCAGGUUACAGCAAAGUUGUUGCAACGCCUCAACAAUUUUUCGCGUCCUCUCGAUUCUUUACUCUGUCCACCUCAGCAACUGCGACUCAACAUUGAUUAAGGUUCCUCGGGCUCGCUCUGAAGAUGGCCAGCACUUUGUCCCGGUUGUUGACCAGCAGGAAGACCCGGGGUAUCCUCACGCUGGUGGGGGCCGGAUCCCUGGCCGCGGGUUUUCUGUUCUCCAGGGAUUAUGUGAAAGCGGGGAGCAAACAGAGGAAACUGUACCCCCCCAGCGCUGACUACCCUGACCUUCGAAAGCACAACAACUGCAUGUCAUCUUGCCUGACCCCGGCCAUCUAUGCCAAACUUCGAGACAAGACUACACCCAGUGGCUGGACACUGGAUCAGUCCAUCCAGACCGGAGUGGACAAUCCCGGGCACCCUUUCAUAAAGACUGUGGGCAUGGUUGCAGGGGAUGAAGAAUCCUAUGAGGUCUUUGCUGAUAUCUUUGACCCUGUGAUUAUGGAAAGACACAAUGGAUAUGAUCCUAGGACCAUGAAACACCCCACAGAUCUGGAUGCAAGCAAAAUUAGGAAUGGACAGUUUGAUGAAAACUAUGUUCUUUCCUCACGUGUCAGGACUGGUCGAAGUAUUCGAGGACUCAGCAUGCCUCCUGCCUGCACUCGGGCUGAGAGGAGAGAGGUGGAGAGGGUGACUGUUGAGGCAUUAGCUGGAUUAAAGGGAGAUCUAGCUGGAAAAUACUACAGUCUGAGCAGUAUGACAGAUAAAGAGCAGCAACAGCUCAUUGAUGAUCAUUUCCUGUUUGACAAACCAGUGUCACCUUUGCUGACUGCUGCAGGUAUGGCGAGGGAUUGGCCUGAUGCACGCGGCAUCUGGCACAAUAAUGAGAAGACUUUCUUAAUCUGGGUCAAUGAAGAGGACCACACUCGAAUUAUCUCCAUGGAGAAAGGAGGUAACAUGAAGAGGGUGUUUGACAAAUUCUGCCGGGGUCUCAAAGAGGUUGAGAAACUGAUCGCUGAGAAAGGCUGGGAGUUUAUGUGGAAUGAGAGACUUGGCUACAUCCUGACAUGCCCAUCAAACCUGGGCACUGGACUCCGAGCUGGGGUACACAUCAAACUACCCAUGCUCAGCAAGGAUCCUCGCUUCUCAAAGAUCCUGGAGAACCUUCGUCUGCAGAAACGAGGGACAGGGGGUGUGGACACUGCGGCUGUGGGCAGUGUGUUUGACAUCUCGAACCUGGACCGACUGGGGAAAUCUGAGGUGGAGUUGGUUCAGUUGGUGGUUGAUGGAGUCAACUAUUUAAUUGAGUGUGAGAAGAGACUCCAGCGUGGACAAGAUAUCAAAAUUCCGGCACCUAUAGCUCAGAGCCGACGUUAAAUCCCCUGUACUCAAACAGGCAUCAUUGAGGCUGAUGUCACAUGAAACAUGUUCUGAAUCUGGUAAUCCUUGCACCUAUGAAGCUGAUAAAUAAACACCCUGACCAUGUGAACUACAAAA